CUUCCCCGCAGUAAACCGGACCGGACAUUUCGCUGGCGCCCGCGACGAGCAUGGCCACGGCACUGAGAACGCGCAUCCCGGCCCGGCUGGACGGCGCCACGGCCUCCAGGGCGCUCGGCAUGACGCCGGGCGGGAAGGAAGCGGGAGAAGUCGUAGGGACGAGCGGCGGCGGCGGUGGCGGCCGCCGCCGCGUGAGGAGCUUUGAGGAGAUCCCGCACACGGGGGCCAACAGAUGGCUCAAUCUGCUCACCUUCUGGAGGGAAGGUCGUUUCAGGCUGCUCCACAAGCACAUGGAGACCUCCUUCAACACGCUGGGACCCAUCUACAGGGAGCACCUGGGCCUUCAAAGCACCGUGAACAUCAUGUUGCCAGGAGACAUCGCCGAGUUGUUCCGUUACGAAGGCCUAUACCCGCAACGGAUGGUCCUGCAGCCGUGGGCCUUGCACCGAGAGACCCGCGGGCACGAAAAAGGAGUCUUCCUCAAGAACGGUGUCGAGUGGCGCGCCGACCGUCUGCUCCUCAACAAGGAGGUGAUGCUGAGCGCGGCAGUCAAGCGUUUCGUUCCCCACAUGGACGAGGUAGCGAAGGAUUUCUGCCGCAUGAUCGGGAGCCGCCUGGAGGACCAGACCGGCGGAAAGCACGGCAAAAGCAGCCUGACCUUGAACCCCAGUCCGGACCUCUUCGCUUUUGCGCUGGAAGCCAGCUGCUACGUUCUGUACGGGGAGCGCAUCGGCCUUUUCUCGUCAACGCCAUCCAUGGAGUCUCAGAAGUUCAUCUGGGCGGUGGAAAGAAUGCUGGCCACCACCGUGCCCCUCCUCUACUUGCCCUGCGCCUUGAUGGAACGCUUAGGCGCCUCCUUGUGGACGCAGCAUGCCACUGCGUGGGACCACAUCUUCGAUCACGCCGAGACCAGUAUUAAGAAGGGCUUCCAGCGCUCGUCUUCCAAACCCGAUGUGGGCGAGGUCCGCGGAGUUCUGGGCCAGCUGCUGGAGAAAGGCCAGUUGACCCGCGAGGCCAUCAAAGCCAACAUGACCGAACUGAUGGCCGGCGCGGUCGACACGACGGCGGUGCCGCUGCAGUUCGCUUUGUUCGAGCUGGCUCGGAACCCCGCUGUGCAGGAAAGCGUCAGGCGGCAGGUGAUCGAGUCGGUGGGCCGGGCCCACGGCGACCCUCUCAAAGCUCUGGAGGGGGCACCGCUACUUAAAGGCGCCGUCAAGGAGAUUCUCAGACUGUAUCCAGUCGGCAUCACGGUUCAGCGCUGCCCAGUCCGAGAUCUCGUUCUCCAGAACUACAACAUUCCGGCCGGAACCUUAGUCCAGGUCUGUCUUUACCCUAUGGGGAGGAGUGCAAAGGUCUUCGACGACCCGCUGACCUUCGACCCGGCUCGUUGGACCCGAAUGCGACCGGAAAGGGCCGACGGCGGCGCCGCGUUCCGCUCGCUGGCGUUUGGCUUCGGCUCCAGGCAGUGCAUCGGCCGCAGGAUCGCGGAGAACGAGAUUCAACUCUUGCUCAUGCACAUCCUGCUCAACUUCCACCUCAGCGUGUCCUCGUCUCAAGACAUCGACACCAAGUUCAUGCUCAUCCUGCAGCCCGAGUCCCCUCCCAGGAUCACCUUCAGGAUGCUCUGACGCACACGCACAUGCACACACACACACACACACACACACACACACACGCACACGCAAGUACAGUACUGCCCCAACCCCUUUUCACUUUGUAUUCAAACAAUGGUUGACUCAAAUCCAAAUAAAGCGUGAUUUCUAUGCCCUGU